GAUCCAAAAUCUCCAACGUCAAACGGGCAAACCUUCGGCAAUCGCACACAUCACACGACUCGACGAACGAAAAUGGCUAUGGCCAAGGGAGUCCGAAACCAGUACCUGGCCACGUACUGCGCGAAUCUCGCCACACUGAUCUACGGCUUGUCGAUAGGAUGGCUCUCGCCAAACCUCGUCCUGAUGGCGUCCGACGACACGCCACUGACGACGGGCAAGAUCACCGCCGAGGAACAGGGCACGAUCGGGUCGAUCGGCACCAUCGGCUGCAUGCUGGCGCCACUCGUUUGCGGCUGGGUAGCGGAAAUUGCCGGCCGGAAGUCGGCCCUCAUGCUGAUCGGUGUGACACAGCUCGUCAGCUGGGCCGUGAUGCCGUUCGCCACCAACCUGAAUGUCAUCUACGCGUCUCGCAUUUUCGGUGGCUUCGCCGGUGGUGGUACACUCUCGAUCGUGCCAUUGUUCGUCUCGGAGAUUUCGGAAGAUAGAAUACGAGGCACGCUCGGGACGAUGCUCGCCAUCCUGUGCAAUUCGGGAAUCCUGCUCGGGUUCAUCAUAUCUCACUACAUCAACUGCUGGGCUGUGACGUACCUAGCGCUUCUGAUGUGCGUAGUCUACUCGCUGGGCUGCUGCUUCUUGCCAGAAUCUCCACAGUAUCUGUUCGUCAAGAAGAAGAAAGAGAAAGCGAUAAAGGCACUGCGCUUCUACCGGGGUGAGGAAGCGGAAAGCGAAACAUCACAGUUUACCGCCGAGGUGGCGCGCUUCAAAGACAUCCACUCCACCGGCAACCCGAAAAAGAAGGAAUCCAACCAGAUCCACAUUAAAGAUUUCUUGACGCGAUCGCGCUGGAAGCCCAUCCUGAUCUGCGUGGUGGUCAUCCUGUUCCAGGCCGGGUCCGGCUCGAUCCCGCUCAUCACCUACACGGCCAGAAUCUUCCAGGAUUCGCACUCGAACCUCAGCCCGGCGAUGUCGUCGAUCAUCGUGGCCGCCCUGCAGCUGAUCGGUUCGUACGUCUCAACGAUGACGGUCGAAAAGGCGGGCCGGCGGGUGCUGCUGCUCAUCUCGACGCUCGGCUGCGCCGUCUGCACCACCACCAUGGGCACGUACACCUUCCUGCAGGAGAUGGCCGUCGACGUCAGCUGCUUCGGGUGGGUGCCGGUCGCGAGCAUGUCCGCGCUAGUCUUCAUCAAUGCCAUCGGCAUCGGUAUCGUGCCAUUCAUCAUCAUGACCGAGAUCCUCGAUCCGAAGAUUCGCGGCCCGAUCGUCACCUUCUGCCUGCUGGAGUUCUCCGGCGUCGCGUACCUGGUCGUCCGGUACUUCCCGGUCGCGGUCGAGCAGCUCGGCAUGUACUCGUGCAUGUGGUUCUUCUCGUGCUGCUGCGUCGCGUCCGCCACCUUCGUGCUCACCUGCAUGCCCGAGACGAAGGGCAAGAGCUUCGAGCAGAUCUCCGAAUCUCUUAACGGCAGCGGCGGCAAGAAGUCCGCCUCGCACAACAAGGACGUCGCCCCGACGCCCCGGGUCGACUUUGCAUAUCAAACAGUGUCGGCGGCUGUCGUUUCUUAUCUUCCGCUGCCAGGUUUGGCGCAAAACUGUCCCGAUCGUAAAUCAACGGCACGUUGGCGCACGUACGUGCAAACAGCAGUAAAGAUAAAUGCGCAUCAGCAGGCUUUAGGCAUCAGGGCACCUUGCAAGGUGAUCAUGCCUAAGAUCUCCCGCGGGACCACGGUGCUUACGGGGGGACUGGAGGUUUCGCUCGUGCUUACCGGAAGCACUCGGACCGGCCAGUGCUGCUACGCAUCGAUGUUCCUGGAAUUUCUCUCCCGACGGUACUGGAGGCAGUUCGGUGCCAUCGCAGCCGUCCACAUCAUUACCGCCAGCUACGGGGUGACGGUGGGAUGGCCUGCACCGAUCAUUCCGCUGCUUCGAUCACCCGAGACGCCACUUCCGGCGGGCCCGGUCAGUGUCGAGGAGGCGUCAUGGAUUGGAUCAACGCUGUGCAUUGGCGGCACGCUUGGUACGAUCUUGUUCGCGAUCAUACACACUUAUUUCGGGAAGAAGGUUGGCCUGCUGCUGCUUCCCGUUCCCCACCUGAUACUGUGGACGCUCAUACUUGUCGGUGACAACGUGUGGUACAUCUACGUGGCCCGAUUUUUCAGUGGCCUGACGGGUGGUGGAGUGGUCAGCGUGAUUCCACUAUACAUAGCCGAUAUUGCUGACAAGAAGAUCCGAGGGACGCUUGGUUCUUUGACGAUAAUCUUCAUCAAUAUCGGCCUUCUGUUCAUAUACUCCACCGGCAACUACCUUCCGUAUCGAAUGAUACCGAAGAUAAUGCUAGCCGCCCCGAUAGCAUUCAUUAUCCUAGUCAGCUUCCUUCCGGAGACACCGACCUGUCUGCUGCGGAAGGGAAAGUUGCUCGAGGCCGAACGGUCCCUGAUGUACUAUCGCAACAUCUCGGAUGAACGCCAGAAAACACCGGAGUUCUUGGUAGAGUAUGAUGAGUUGAAAAACUUCGUUCUUUCGGAAACCAGCAAGGCAAGUCUUCGGCUGGCGGAUUUUACCACACCGGAAGCGAAGCGAGGACUAUUUAUCGGCCUUUUCGUGAUGGCAUUGAACCAGUUCAGUGGCAUCUUUGCCAUCCUUACGUAUGCCGGUACCAUCUUCCAGCUGUCCGGUACCGGAAUCGAUCCACAUGCCGCACUCAUCAUCGUGGCGGUUCUUAACAUCUCCGGCAACCUGGCGUCGUUCACCGUGAUCGAUCGUGUCGGUCGUAAGAUUCUGCUGCUCGUAUCUGCAGCCGGUGUUGGGCUAUCGCUCGGAGUACUCGGAGCACAUUCGUACCUGCUCAGAAAUGGCCACGAUCUUACCGGCCUGGAAUGGCUUCCGGUGUUGGCUCUCUCGAUGACACUCUUCCUAGGUGCAAUUGGUAUUACCAAUGUACCGUUUUUCAUCGUCCCGGAAGUGAUGCCACCAAGGCUAAGAAGUAUUGGAAGUACGAUCAGUGCCACAUUUCUGUGCAUGUGUGCGUUCGUGUGUGUCAAGCUGUACCCGAUCAUGAUGGAGACCAUACACAUCUACGGCACGGUAUGGAUAUCUUCCGGGGUAUGCGCCGUCGGUGUGCUGAUCAUCAUCUUUCUGAUACCGGAAACCAAAGGAAAAAAUUUAAACAUUCAAAGCGCUAGCACAAAGUAAUUAUGGAGCUGCACGCCAGCGAACAAACAGUACAAAUAAAGGCUAUCGUGAAUUCAUUUGUUCUUACUCU